AUGUGGUCACUACGGGUCUAUACCCGCAAGAAGCGGGCCGGCCAGAGGCUCAACCUAACCCCGACACCGGACCUAGGCCCCACCGCGAAGGCAGAGGCCCCCCCAGGUCCAGGCCUGAAAGGAAACGCACACCGUUUGCAGAAGAUCUCAGAGAAAGCAGAGUGCAGUGGGCAGGGAGUUAGCGGCUCUAGGCCACCGAGCCCUCGGUUAAGAGUUACAGGACAGGAAAGCCUGCAAGAAAAUCGCACUAAUGAAGAGACCCCAGAUGAGAAGAUAGCUCCAUUGAGUGAGUCAGUGACUGAUGACCUCCAGGUUGACUGUAGUUCGUCCAAUAGUGAGCUAGUGUCAGGACUAAGUGUACAGCAUGGUAUUUCUAGUUCUCUUCUGAGCUAUUCAUUCACAGACUCUUACACAGAAUACAAGAGUUUUGAAGAGAGUUUAAGUAGUUUCCCAUCACCUGAACUCUUCAGAGGAUCAGAUUAUUUAGAUUGGGAAUGUCCCAAGUUGGAAGAACACAUGCGAUGCAAAAAUUCAACUCUUCUGGAUACCAGUAAAGCAGUAUCAAUAGAGAAGCUACCACAGUUUUCAAACCUCUCUGCAAUUUUAGGUAUGCCUUCAGAAGACUAUCAGAAAUGCCAUAGAGAAAUAGUGAUGAUGUUAGCAGACCAAAGUAUUUCUCCAAAACCAAAGAGUACUUCGCAUUCAGAAUCAGAUAAUACAACUUGUGAAGUUUUACUUGCUGAGAAAACUUACCCUUCAGCCCCUGAAAAAACAAAGAAAAAAAGAACAAAUUCUAGUAUUCCUGAUAAGAAAAGCAGAGGCCUCUUAACAAGCACUCCAUCUUCGCAAACUGCUGGUUUAGUGAUUGAUUUGUCCUCAGUGCAGAGAGCAUCUUUUGAAGAACUAUUUCCAAAUGUCAGCAAUUAUGUUAAUUCAAAUGAAAUUGUUCCUGUGUCAAAUUUGCAAGAAAAUUCUUCAAAUGAGGUUCCUUCAAAUACAUCAGAAAUAUGUUGUAUUAUUAGAGCAACACCAGGAACUAGACAAAUGAAAAGUAAAGGUGUUAUAGUAAAGAAGAAGAAAUAUUCCCCACCUAAAGAUAUUCCUCAAGAUAUUAUGGUACAAGUGGCAGAGCAUCUUGCAUAG